UACAUUUUCUUCUCACCAAAAAAUCAAAACAUAAUAAGAUAUCAAUGAAUCUAUCAACCGCUUUUUCUCUUCUUUCUUCCUCUUCCAUCCCUUCUUCAAUACCCACAUUCCAAUUUCUCUAACCUUUUUCUCUGAAAUCAUCAUUUUCAAGAAAUGGCUAUGGCUGUCACUGCUUCCAGUCUUGGAUUUCACUUCACUGCUGCUACUGAAAAACCUGUUUUCUCUCUUCCUUUUUUGAAGGUAUCUUCUAGGUUUAGUGAUACCAAGCCACGUUACUUUCUUCAUAAAACAAGAUUGUUAUCCUCUGGAACUACGAUUAUCCGUCGAGCCGCAGCACCUGUUACGGAUGUGCAGGAUGGUAAUCAAGGUGAGACUGAUACCGUUCCGACCCCGAUAGUUAUAAUUGACCAAGACUCUGAUCCAAAUGCAACUGUGGUAAAGAUAACUUUUGGUGAUCGGCUUGGAGCUCUCCUUGACACAAUGAGUGCACUAAAAAGCUUAGGCCUCAAUGUUGUUAAGGCAAAUGUCUUUCUGGAUUCUUCUGGCAAGCACAACAAGUUUUCCAUCACAAAAGCUGAUACUGGCAGAAAAGUCGAAGAUCCAGAGUUGUUAGAAGCAAUUCGUUUGACAAUUAUAAAUAAUCUGAUUCAGUAUCACCCGGAAUCAAGUUCUCAGUUAGCAAUGGGAGCAGCUUUUGGGCUUCUACCUCCAAAAGAGCAGGUUGAUGUGGACAUUGCAACUCGCAUAAAUAUUUCUGAAGAUGGUCCUAAUCGAAGUUUGUUCUAUGUGGAGACAGCUGAUCACCCUGGAUUACUCGUCGAGCUUGUAAAAAGUAUUACUGACAUUGACAUUGCUGUUGAAUCUGGAGAAUUCGACACUGAGGGGCUCUUGGCCAAGGCGAAGUUUCAUGUUAGCUACAAGGGCAAAGCGAUCAGCAAGCAGCUUCAGCAGGUUCUUGCUAACAGUUUGAGAUAUUUCCUGAGGCGUCCGACAACCGAGGAAUCCAGUUUUUGAAGGGCAUCUCUUUCAAUUUAAACAAUUUGCAUGACAUUAUAUUUUCUUUUGAAGUGUAACCACCAUCAUGGGUUGGUGAAUGCUUGCAUUCAUUAUUCAUUUGGAAGAGAAAUGAAGAAUAACUGGAAUGCAUUUACAUCAUUAAACUGAAUUAACAAGGAUAUGAUUGUAAAGUUACUUUUGCUAAUUUCUUACAUAAAAUUAUUUGCAACUUCAAA